UCGAGACAAGCAAAAGUCCACAGCGAUGACUGGUGAAAUGGAUGUGGAUAGCGUUGUAGAAUACUUCAGGGGCAAGAGCAUCCUCAUCACUGGAUCAACGGGGUUCCUAGGAAAAGUGCUUGUCGAGAAGAUAUUAAGGGUUCAGCCUGAUGUCAAGAAGCUCUUCCUCUUGAUUCGGGCCUUCGAUGUUGAAUCCGCAAAGCUUCGGAUUCAAAAUGAGGUCAUAGGGAGGGAAAUCUUUCAAGUUCUCAAAGAAGAACAUGGUGUGGGGUUCCAUAAUUUCGUCGAAGAAAAGAUCUGCCCUUUGGUGGGAGACAUCAUGCAUGAGGACUUUGGACUAGACACUGCCAAGCUGAGAGAAGUGUCGAAGGACAUAGACAUUAUUGUCAACGUAGCUGCCACUACGAAAUUCUCUGAGAGAUAUGAUGUGGCUUUCGAUGUGAAUGUCUUGGGAGUGAAGCAUGUUUGCGCAUUCGCAAAGAAGUGUAUUAAGCUCAAGAUGUUGCUUCAUGUUUCAACGGCCUAUGUAGUUGGUGAACAAGAAGGCCUAAUAGCAGAGAAGCCAUUCUUCAUGGGUGAGACACUAAGGGUGGGCACACAUUUGGAUAUAGAAUCCGAGCUAAAUCUGAUCAAAGAGACCAGGAGAGAACUAAGGGAUGACGGUUCCACUGAGAAAGACGAGAGGAAAGUCAUGAAGAAACUUGGCCUCAAGAGGGCACGAAACUUUGGGUGGCCAAACUCCUAUGUCUUCACUAAGGCAAUGGGGGAGAUGCUGAUGGGGCUCUUGCAAGGGGACUUUCCGGUGGUCAUCAUCCGCCCGAGCAUCAUAACUAGUACACUCAAGGAGCCAUUGCCUGGAUGGAUGGAAGGAAUUAGGACCGUGGACGCAGUGAUCAUGGGUUAUGCCAGGAAGACCUUACCAUUCUUUCUAGGCAACCUUGAUUUAAUACUCGACAUGAUUCCGGGGGACAUGGUGGUGAAUGCUAUGAUGGUUGCCAUGGCAGCACACUCAGAUGAUCAAAAAGGUCAGAUCAUCUACAAUGUAACUUCGUCGGUAAGCAACCCAGCACCCUCAGCCCUAGUCAUCGACGCAAUGCACCGUUACUUCUUUGAGAACCCGCCAUGCAAGGGGAACGGUAAGCGUGUCCGGUUGAAGAAGAUGCGAUUCUUUAGCACACUCACACAGUUGAGAUUGUACAUGGCCAUCAAGUACAAGCUUCCCCUCGAGAUGCUUCGCCUAGUGAGCAUCGCACUCUGCGGCAUUUUCUCAGAAUGCUACAACGAGCUCAACGGAAAAUACAGUUUCGUUAUGCAGAUGGUCGAGCUCUAUGCACCAUACACCUUGUUCAAAGGGUGCUUUGAAGACACGAACUUGGAGAAGCUAAGGACGACAAUGAAUAAGGAUGACCAAAUUAACAAUGGAGCAUAUUACUUUGACUUUGAUCCCAAGUCCAUAAACUGGGUUGAUUAUUUGUAUGGUGUACACAUCCCUGGUGUGCUUAAAUAUUGUAUUUAAUUAGCCAAAUUUCCAGCAAGUUAAACCUCUUGUAGGGGCUAUCAUAUCAAGUAUCAUGCAUGCCAACUACUAGACAGCUUGGCUGACAUGUCAUACAAUUAAAUAAAGAAAGAGAGAUUUCAGUAUCGUAUCAUGAUGUACUACUAUGUGUCAACCAAAAC